AUGAUUAUUAAUCAUAAAGAUUCACUAUACUUUGAGAAUAAAGAAUUUUUAUAGAGGGAGGAUCAAUACUACCAACCAAAUGAUAAUGAAUGUACUUAUCAAUUAUUUCCAUAUCUGACUUAAAAUUAGAUCAAAAACUAUUUCAACCUAGAUCCUUACAUUCAAAAAAAUACUUCAACAGAAGGAUAGACUAAAGAAAAAUGGGAUUUCAGAGAAAGCUAUAGCAUGGGUGUUUUCUUUUCAACACCCUUUAUUUUCGGCAUUCCUGAGAGACUUGAUACCUUCAGAUUAAAGUCAACAGAUGGAAGAGGGCAACCAUAUAGGCUGGCAGCAUUAGAUAUCUUUCCCCAUGAUACAUAUGCUAGAGAAGCCACUUAUUCUAGCUUACCGUAUGUUCAAGGCCAUUCAGAAGAAUUUGAUGCUAACUUAAUCUGGAUGUCAACUGCGGAAUCAUUUGUUGAUAUUUAUGAUUUAAGCGAUGAGAUGACAUUUAAUGAAGGAAGAUUUGUAGAUUUUGUCACUGAAUCUGGCAGACUUGAGUUGUAUGCGUUCGGGAGUGCUACAUUAAACUCUCCAAAAAGAGUUUAGAAGAUAAUGGCUGAGUUGACAGGAUAUUAAUUUUUACCUCCAAUAUUUUCUUUGGGCUUUAAUUAUUGCAAAUGGGAACGAGCUACGUCAGCAUAAAGAAUCAUGGAAUGGAAUAAAAAAUUCAGUGAUAAUCACAUUCCAGUUGAUGUAUUAUGGAUGGAUAUACCUUAUACAGAAGAUGUCCGGUAUUUUGCAUUUUCUCAAUAUAAGUUCCCUGAUAAUUUGUUAGAAACUAUGAAGCAAGAGGUGCAUGAUAAAAAUAGAUAUUUUGUUGUUAUCACAGAUCCUCAUAUCUAAUAUAGAGGUACUUUUAGAGUUUAUAGAGAAGGUUUAAGCUUGCAUCAUACUCAUCAAGGUGAUGAUCUCGUAAGCAUCUUUGUGAGAUAAAGAGAUUAAAGCAUUAUGAAAGGUUUUUGCUGGCCCGGUGACAGUGCAUGGAUAGAUUUCUUUAAUAAAGGCGCUAGAGAGUUCUGGAGUAGUUUGUACAGUUUUGAUUAUUUUCAUGGAACUGAUGACACUUUCCAUAUUUGGCUUGAUAUGAAUGAACCAUCUGUAUUUAAUGGUCCAGAGAAUACUAUGCCUAAAGACGCAUUACAUUAAUUAUCAGAUGGACGGGUAGUACUUUCAAAAGAUGUAAAAAUGGCAUAUGGUAAAAUGAUGCUAGAGCCGACAUAUAAAGGACUUAAAUAAAGAAAUAUGACAGAACAAAAGAGACCAUUUAUUUUAACAAGAAGUACAUUUUUUGGUGGACAAAAGCAUGCAGCUAAAUGGACUGGAGAUAAUAAAGCUACAUUUGAUGAAUUGGCAGUCUCGAUAUCGUAGUUACUUAGCUUUGGCAUUACUGGAAUCUAAUUUAUUGGUGCAGAUGUUCCAGGAUUUUCUGGUUAACCUUCAGAGGAGCUCUAUGUAAUGUUUUAUUAACUUGGUAUUUUCUAUCCAUUCUUCAGAGAAGAGAACCUUAUCUUUAAAGAGAAAAGGUCAAGAAGUAUGUACGCAAAGCUAUUCACAUCAGAUAUGAUCUCAUUCAUUAUUUCUAAUACUGAAGGUAGUCCUAUUGUAAGACCUAUUUGGUAUGAAUUUCCUAAAGACAAAAGGAGCUUUGGAAUUAAUACCUAAUUCAUGUACGGAGAAUAAUUAAUGAUUGCUCCAAAAUUGAUUGGUGAAAAAAAGAGUGAUUUCUCAGGACCUAAGACUAAAAGUAGAUAUUAGGUUUAAACCUAUCUUCCUGAGGACAGUGAAUGGUAUUAUUGGUUUAAUAGGACUCAAAGAAUCACCGUCGAAAGUUAAUUACCAAAAUAUAUUGAAGAGGAUGAACAAGGAAUAUAUAUAAAAGCAGGAUCAAUUCUACCCAUCAAGCAGCAUGAAGGAAGAGAAAGUAUAAUGCAGGCGAUUAAUGAUAAUAUUACUCUUGAGAUUUAUACUGACCUCAAUUAGGAAGCAAAGGGAUUGCUCUACAUUGAUGAUGGCAUCACAUUCAGAAAUGAGGAAAGAAAUGAAAGACUCUAUAUUGAGUUCAGUUUUGAAAACGGGGAACUAUAUUAUGUUAAUAAACUUUAAGAUAGUGAGUAUGACAACUGCCAAAUUAAGAUAAGCAAUAUUCUAAUCUAUGGCUUACCUUUCAAUGCAAGUGACUUAAAUUACACUGCGGAAUCAGCUAAUUUCUCUCAAAAUGAAAGUACAGAAAGUGAAUACCCACAACUUAACCAAGAUAUUGAUCAAUAAAUCAAUAAAGAAUAAAGCAAUCCAGUCUAGAAAAAAAUCAAUGAAGCCAGAUUAAAUAUAAAUUAAGAUACUCUUAGUUCGAUUUCUUUGGAUGACAUCAGCACAUUAGCUACUUCUAUACUUGACAUGAUCGGUAAUUCCUCAACUUAAGAUUCAACAUCAACUUAAUAAGCAAGUUAGCAAAAUGAAGAUUCAAGUAGAAGUAGUACAGACAAUUUUAGAGAAUUCUAAGAUAAUGACAACAAGGCUGAGAAGAAAUAAAAUUAAAGAUACAGGGAAGAAUAGAUAGCACACAGAUACCUUGGUGCAAAAAUGUUCAUGACAGAUAUCAAAGUCAGAAACCUAAAACAAAAUACAAAAACAAGUAUUUUUUAUAUGAAAUGA